ACGAGCACUCCGUCUUUAUGUCUUUGGUACCACGUCAGCUUGCACUCUUGCAGUGAUGGAGUUUUUAUAGCGAUUUUCUCAAGUUUUUUCCCAAUCAAACCUUUCUCGUUCAGUUGCAUGAAGUAUUAAAUCAUGGUCCUGAUAGCAGCAGCUGUCUGUACCAAAGCAGGGAAAACUAUUGUCUCCCGGCAGUUCGUAGAAAUGACCAAAGCUCGCAUUGAAGGAUUACUCGCUGCUUUUCCUAAGCUUAUGUCAUCCGGGAAGCAACAUACUUUCAUAGAAACUGAAUCAGUUCGCUACGUCUACCAACCUUUGGAGAAACUUUAUAUGCUGUUAAUAACUACAAAAGCCAGUAAUAUUCUUGAAGAUCUUGAAACCUUACGGUUGUUCUCAAGAGUUAUUCCUGAAUAUUGUAGGCACAUGGAAGAAGCUGAAAUAGCUGAAAAUGCCUUCAAUCUCAUUUUUGCUUUUGAUGAAAUAGUAGCACUAGGCUACAGAGAAAGUGUGAAUUUAGCUCAAAUUCGAACAUUUGUUGAGAUGGAUUCUCAUGAAGAAAAAGUGUAUCAAGCUGUGCGUCAAACACAAGAACGAGAAGCUAAAAACAAAAUGCGAGAGAAAACAAAAGAAAUUCAAAAACGUCGUCUAGAGUAUAGUAAAGGAAACUUGAAGUUUGGGUCUGCCCCGAUGGACUUCCGCAAUCAUGAUUACUCUUCUCCAUACACACCGCUUCCUGUGUCCGAUGUGAAGAAACCCAGUCUUAGCCCUGCUUCAAAGCCGUCUAUCUCAGUCAAGGCCAUGAAGUUGGGGGGUAAAAAUCGAGACGUGGAAUCAUUCGUAGAUCAGUUGAAAUCGGAGGGGGAGAAUGUUGUUUCGCCACCUGUUAAUGACCCAGUUCUCACCGCCAAUAGCAAAGUUCCUCCAUCCAUCUUAGCUAAUAUCGAUGAUGUUCAUUUGAGGCAAGAAGAAAAAUUGAUUGUCAGUGUAGGCAGAGAUGGAGGGGUACAAAACUUUGAAUUGCAUGGUCUUGUCUCUCUUAGAAUCAGCAAUGACAAGUAUGGAAAAAUCAGAGUGCAAAUCAACAACAACGAUGAUCGUGGUUUUCAGUUCCAGACCCAUCCAAAUGUUGAUAAAGAACUAUUCAAAACCAGAGGCCAGAUUGGUCUAAAGAAUCCAACAAAGCCUUUCCCUCUAAAUACGGAUGUUGGUGUUUUAAAGUGGAGAUUUCAAACUAGAGAUGAAGCUGCCAUUCCACUUUCAAUAAAUUGCUGGCCCAGCGAAAAUGGUCAAGGGGGCUGUGAUGUGAAUAUUGAGUAUGAGCUUGAACAUCCGGACAUGGAAUUGAAUGAUGUUAGCAUAACCAUACCGAUUCCGAUGGGUUGUACACCAAUUAUUGCUGCUUGCGAUGGCGAAUAUGCAAUGGAACCCCGAAAGAAUGUUAUGAUAUGGAAUCUUCCACCAGUUGAUAGUAGUAAUAAAAAUGGCGCCCUAGAAUUUAGUACCAGCAAUGCUCGUCCAGCUGAUUUCUUCCCUGUUGCUGUCAGUUUCCAUUAUGAUGGUUCUUACGCCCGUUUGAAG